UAAUGUAUAGGAUAUGUUCAUAACCCCGUCCACCUAUAAGAUGUGGGGGGAUCUGUAUGACUAAGAAGAGAUACAAAGAACUCUGAUUGUAAAACAUCUUCUCUUUUUAGUCCUAGAUAUGUCUAUGGUUACUGCUGAAUGUAGUACCUCUAACCCUGAUCCUAGGCCUAACAGUAAUAACCACACUGUAAUGUUAGAACACAUAAGUGUAUUAUAAGGCAUUAUAAAGGUCAUUAAAAUAUUUAUAAUAUGUACUUCAUAGAAACUGUUAACCUUUAUAUAUGCUAACAACUCACAUUUUGUUAGAUGUAUUCCAUAUUAAGGGUCCUAAACUAGGAACUAAAAUAUUUGUCUCCCUCUAGACGUUGUAUGCAGAUCUCUCUCUCUCCCUCCCUGCACCCCUCCUUCCCUUGUUCCCUCCCUCUAACCCCUCCUUCCCUCUAACCCCUCCCUCCCUCUAACCCCAGCCAUCUGGCAGAACAAGGAAAUCCCUCCCCCUCCCACAGACUCUCUUCUGUGGAAACUAAACUGAUCUGAGUCUCUGUGUCGUCUGUCUGUGUGAGAGUGAACAACCAUCCAAAUGGCUCAGCAGGGAGUUCUGCUGGACCAGGACCAGUUCUGUUGUUCUGUCUGUCUGGAUCUACUGAAGGAACCGGUCACCAUCCCCUGUGGACACAGUUACUGUAGGAGCUGUAUUGAGGACUGCUGGGAUAAGGAUGUUCUGAAAGGGGUCUAUAGCUGUCCUCAGUGCAGAGAGACCUUCACUCCAAGGCCUAAUCUGAGGAAAAAUAACAUGUUGGCUGACAUGGUGGAGAAACUGAGGAAGACAGGACUCCAGGCUGCUCCCCUUCCUGCUCUGUGCUGUGCUGGACCUGGAGAUGUGGUGUGUGAUGUCUGCACUGGGACCAGAAAGCGGAAAGCCCUCAUGUCCUGUCUGCCGUGUCUGGCCUCUUACUGUGAGACUCACCUCCAAUCUCACUACGAAUCUCCUGCUUUGAAGAAGCACAAGCUGGUCAAAGCCACCGCACAACUACAGGAGAAGAUCUGCUCUCAUCAUGACAAACUGCUGGAGGUUUACUGUCGUACCGAUCAGCAGGGUAUCUGUUAUCAGUGUGUGAUGGAUGAACAUAAAGGCCAUGAUACAGUGUCAGCUGCAGCAGAGAGGAAUGAGAAACAGAGGCAGCUGGGGAUGAGUCAGCAGAAGGUCCAGCAGAGAUUCCAGGAGAGAGAGAAGGAGCUGAAGGAGCUCCAACAGGCUGUGGAGUCUUUCAAAGUGAGUAUUGUUGACCAGAGGAGACACACCAUUUCACUUCUCUCCUCCAGUCAGAGAGAGAGAGGGGCCCCUCUCCAAUCCCACUAACCCCACUGUUGAGAACAGGCUGUCUGGACUCCUUUCAGAGAAUUGACUGCUUAAUGUAACUGACAGGAUAUGAACACAGGUCUACCGCGGGAGAAACCAACAUAUUGACCAUUACACCAAGAGGACAUUCCCUAUUGGGCCGACACUGAUUUAGAAGUCACAGGCGGGGCUACCUCAUCACAUAACCAUGAGUAACCAUGACUGACUCAUGUCCCCUAUACAUUAACAUGGAGCACUCUCUCUCUCUCAAAUUAAUUCAAAGGGCUUUAUUGGCAUGGGAAUCAUAUGUUUACAAAUGAACAGAAAUGAACAGUAAACAUUACACUCACAAAAGUUUCAAUGGAAUAGAGACAUUUCAAAUGUUAUAAAUCAAUUGGAAAACAGAGUUUUUUUGUGGUUUCACGGUGGGUGGGACUAUCGAUAUUUGUUUGUGUUUCUUCUGACCAGAGAGAGUGGUCGCUCCGUGUCACGCAACUUGGUUUAAGAUCUGAUUCUUGUUUUGCUCUUAGGAACAGGGCACCAUUGAAAGGAGUGAUUUCUGGGGUAGCGUUAGUGUGGAGGUGGAGCAAUUGAAGUUGAAGGCUCUUGGUGUUUGUGAUGCCCGCCGUUUGGUGUGAAGCAGACCAGGUGGUGAGCGUGGUGAAACAGAGGAGUCACUGUCAGCGUUUGAGUCUUUACCCGACAAAGUCAUGUUGGGAUAUAUCAGUUAUUCUGUUAGAGUCUUUGUGUUGAAUCCACUGAGCUGUUUCAGGUGCAACGUUUAUGGUCAUGUUGCAGCAGUUUGUAGGAGGGAGAUUCCAAGAUGUGGGAAGUGUGCAGGAGGUCAUGGGAUAGAGGAUUGUGAAGUUUCAGUGGAUAAAGUUGCGUCAACUGUAGGGGUACACAUGUUGCUGGGGAUCAGAGGUGUCUGGUGAGAGAGAGGCAGGUUAAGGUGGCUAGAGUCAGAGUAGUGCAGAAGGUGGCGUAUGCUGAGGCAGUGAAGAAAGUAGAGGAGGAUGGGUCAAGGCUGAGGGAUCCUGAGAGGAUCCCUGUGAGUAGUAGAUCUGUGACAGCACAGAGGAAUUGGCCAAUGAGUGAUAUAAGCUUCAGUAAGGUUGGCUUCUUAGAGUUCAAAGCAAUGGUUAUCAACUGUACCGCAGAAAUGGAACGUAAAUCACAGACAAUAGAUGUUGUGGUGGCAGCUGCAGAGAAGUAUUUGGUCAUACGAGAUUUGACUUCAGAAGAGUUCCAGGGUGUGUUGAGUGGUGGUGU